AUGGCGCCGCCCGACGAGUUACGCGAUGAUACUCCGCCGCUGAAACGUCGAAGAACAGACAGCGAAUCCCCAGCAAGAAAUGGCGUGUCGGAUGGCGCAGCGCGGGAAAGCGAGGGCGACGAGAGACCCAGGGACAGAGCACGCGACAGCCGCGACCCUAGCCGCCCGCGAAGCGAGCGUAGAUCACGAAAGGCAUUCGGCAGCCGAGAGCCCAGCCUUUCAAGAUCACGGUCAGGAUCAGCCUCCAGGCGACGGCAGCGCUCAAGGUCACGGUCGGGCGGCGCGACGCGGUCCCCUUCGCCGUAUGACUCGAGGUCGCGCUCUAGGUCACGCACAAGACCGCGCUCUGUGACACCGGAACAGUCGAGAUCGAGACGGCCUUCUCGCGGAGAGGAUGACGACGACGAGGAUGACGCCUAUGUACCCACCCAGAAACAGCCGAAACCAGACUACCGACCACGGCUGAUCCUGCGUGGCCACGAGGGACCAGUGUCGCAGGUUCGCAUAUCGCCCAAUGGCAGCUUCAUUGCCUCGUCGUCAGCGGACGGCACAGUCAAGAUCUGGAACGCGGAGACGGGCAGUCACAUGGACACGCUAGUCGGACACAUGGCCGGUGUGGGUUGCGUGGCCUGGAGUCCAGACAGCAACACCCUCGCCAGCGGCUCGGACGACAAGGCGAUCCGGCUCUGGGACAGGGUCACGGGGAGGCCUAAGAUGUCGAACAAGAAGUCGGCGACGGGUCAAGAGAUGCCGCCCCUGAGAGGACACCACAAUUACCUGCACUGCUUGGCCUUCUCGCCCAAGGGGAACAUCCUAGCCAGCGGCUCCUACGACGAAGCUGUCUUCUUGUGGGACGUGAGAGCCGGGCGGCUGAUGCGAAGCUUGCCCGCCCACAGUGAUCCCGUUAGUGGUAUUGACUUUUGCUGCGACGGUACGCUGGUGGCCAGCUGUUCCACAGAUGGGCUCAUUCGUAUAUGGGACACGCAGACUGGACAAUGUCUACGGACUCUGGUCCACGAAGACAAUCCUGCAGUGGCGAGCGUCUGCUUCUCCCCCAACGGCAGAUUCGUCCUGGCCUCGAGCCUGGACAAUUGCAUUCGACUCUGGGACUACGUCGCAGGCAGCGUCAAGAAAACGUACCAAGGGCAUCGCAAUGAGAAAUUCUCCAUCGGCGCGUGUUUUGGCGCACUCGAUCAUUUGCCUUUUGUGGCCUCGGCAAGCGAGGACGGUGGCAUCGUACUGUGGGACGUGAAGAGCAAGGCUAUCCUGCAAAAGGUCAAGGGCCACCAGGGUGUAUGCUUCUGGGUCGACAUUUGCGAGGAUCUCAUGGUCAGCGCGGGCCAGGACAAGACCAUACGCGUGUACAGGCACAAGAGGGUCGAGAAGGGUGUCGUCAACGGGACGUCGGGACAUGAUCAUGCCGGUCCCUUUACGGCAGAGGACGUGAAGCAUGUUUCGCAGCUGCCUAUCCGGUCCGAGGAUGUCAAGAUGGAGGGCGCUUGA